UUAGCACAAAGCCAGGGACCUACGUGAGAGGGUUUUUGUAACCCACUGUAUUGGACAUACAUCUCUCAUUACUCAUUAGAGUCAGCUCUGUUUCCUUCCUAGUUCUAUUUAUAAAUCCUGCCAAAACUAAAGCUAGCUACUACCUUAUUCAACCAUGUCUAAGAUCCAUCCGGACGCAGAGAACAAGAAGCAAUAUGAUCAUGUACGUCUGGUGUCAAAGGAAUGUAUUAGUGAUGAUGAUGGUCGUUGUCCAUGCGCGCUCACUGUGUGGAAGAGAUCGAGCAUGAGUUUUCAGGGGACUGACGGAUUCACUGUUUUUGAUCAACAUGGAAGAUUGGUUUUCCGGGUCGAUAACUACUCCAGGAAGAAUGGGUCUGUUGCAGGAGGAGGAGGCCUUGUUCUCAUGGACGGAGCUGGAAAUGCUUUGCUAACUUUAAAACCUCAGAUGCUGAGGUUGCAAACCCAGUGGAACGCAUACAGUGGAGAUCAAAGUGAACGCAGGAGGAGUUCCAACCAGUCUGUAGUCUUCUCAAUGAGGAGCUGCUCAUCGGGGCUUUUCCGCAACAGGAAAGGCAUGAUUGCAGAGGUGUUCAUGGUAGGGAAGCAGAAUCAGACACCAGAGUACAGGAUUGAGGGGUCUUUUAGGGCAAGAGAUUGCAGAAUCAGGAAGGCCAGCGGUCAAGUGGUGGCCAAAAUGGCUAGGAAGAGAGCGAACACUAGUGUCUUGCUAAACAGUGAUGUGUUUAGCCUUUUUGUACAACCUGGUUUUGAUGCCGAGCUUGUUAUGGCCUUUGUGAUUAUAUUAGAUCGUAUGUCCAGUAAGCCUUUUACCCCGCUCUUGUGUUCUUGAUCAUUCUUGUAUAUUUGUACAUGGAGAGAGAGCGAGAGAGACUGAGACCAUUCACACAAUCUUAUACAGGUCUUUGUACCACAAAAUGAAACAUAUAUACAUGAACAAGUAUCACUGGCUAUGUUCAACUUUAUAUUCUUAA